AUGGCUACCAAUGUCCAGCGCUGGGUUUGCCGGGACAAGCCGGCUUGUAGCAAGCUGAAAUACCUCAGGGACAUCGUCCCAGAAAACAUGCGCAAGGUCAAGUCUGUCGACGGCGGAUUGCAUUUCGUCACGAGUGGUGCCGUUCGCUUCGCUGAUCAGCCCGAUCGGAUCGCUGGAGCAAUUCCUUCGUUGCUGGCCCCAAUGCUAGCUCAAGCAGCUUUGCGCCACGACAUUGACGAGAACGGCGCUACAUUGAAGAGUUUUCUGCAGAACUGGAGCAAGCACAGUGUCUUGCUCGACAUGACGCUUGAAGAUGAGGCCGCAAUUCGUUCAAAGCUGAAAGGAAUCAACCAUGAUUACCCAAUGAACCAACUGUUCGCCAAAAAGCCCUCGCUGAUGCCGAAAGCUUUGCCGACUUGGCAUGCAGAGAGCACCACUGUUAAGAUCUCCGGAGAUGUUAUUGUCGUGGUAUUCAAAGACAAUGAUGGAGUUAACUUGAUGCGUGUCUCUGUUGAUGCGACAAAGCUGGAGACACCAUUCGAUUUCGGACCGCUGGUGCUGAUGUUGUUGAUAUUGGUGGUUGUGGUGGUGGUGUCGCCAUACGAGGACAUGUAA